AUGGAAGGUGAAAUAUCAGGCUUACUAAAAUGUAUAUUAACAUCAAUGAAAAUGGAAGCACAGCAGCAGGGCGAAACCGCGGGAGGGAUAAAGAGAAAGGCAGAGCUAAGGUUUGAAGGGUUGAAACCGUAUGCAAUCUGCAUAUUCUGCAAUAUUUGCUUUGCAGGAGACAACACAAUCUCCAAGGUCUCUCUUGUUAAUGGCAUGAGCAGUUACGUGCUUGUGGUUUAUGGCCAUGUGUUCGGAACUCUCACCACAGUUGUUGUUGCAUUGCUAUUUGAAAGAAAAAAUGAUAGAAAAAUCAGCAUGGCAAUCCUGGGAGAUAUCUUCUUCCUGGGAACCCUUGGAGCUGUGCUGGGAAGGACAUGGUUUUAUAUAGGGCUGAAAGACACAUCGCCAGCGGUUGCAUCUGCCCUGGCCAACUUAAUUCCAUCAAUGACCUUUAUAUUUGCAGUUCUAUGCAGGAUGGAGGCCUUAGAGAUGUCCAAGCAUAGUGCCCGAGCAAAGGUUGGAGGCAGUGUUGUUGCCUUAGCUGGUGCAACACUUAUGACACUGUACAAGGGCUCUCUCAUGCUCCUGCUUUCUUACCUUUCAUUAUCCGCAUUUCUUGUUUUCCAGACUGUCACUGUGAAGAAGUAUCCAGCUCCAAUAACUCUUACAUCAUUAACAUGCUUAUCAGGGACUUUAGUCUCAGCAGUCAUGACAGCUGCUUUAGAUCAUAAAGCUUCAUCCUGGAGAUUGUCCUGGGACAUGAGACUUGUUGCUUUCCUUUAUAGCGGGAUUGUGAUAUUCGGACUUACAUUUUAUCUGCAAGCGUUAGUGGGAAAAACAAAGGGUGUAGUUUUCAUGACAGCCUUUCGAUCUUUGGGCACAGUAUCCACAAUAAAGGGACAUGCAUUGUUUUUGGGAAGGGACCGAUUCUUAUUUUAUUUUGGAGGUUUUAUGGACGAAAAUAACUUGCGUAGUGGGAGCUCUACUCGUAGUUGUCGGUUUGUAUUUAACUUUGUGGGGAAAGGAAAAGGAGAAGGAAAAGAAACUGCUGGAGCACAACCCCUGCUCAAUGCAUUGAAAUCAGAUCAGAAAGGUGAUAACACAUGGGUUUUGUAG